AUGGCUUCCGCUCUGAACUCUGUGCCGGCCAACAACGCGGCUGGCAAUGCCAACGCGGGUGCGCAGAACCCCGGCCGCUCCACUCUGAGAUCCAACAGUACCAAGGGGUCCGACAGUCGACGACAGUCGGGCAGCCCGGUUGACGGUGGACAACGGCGCACAAACUCUCACAAGGCCUGGACCCAAGGAACCAACCCCAUCACUCAACGCUCUUCAUACGCCUCAUCGAACGGCAACAUGACCCAGCAGAGGCAAGCUGCCUCCUCGAGGGCGAACCAGAAAGAGUCGAACACACCCGAUAGUCAUGCCCAUGACCGCCUCGUCUUCUUAUUCGCCAGCUUCAUUGGCCUCCCAACCACCAUCACUACGAAGUCCGGGGACAAGUAUACCGGUAUCUUCUCCUCUUCAUCACUUGAGCCAAAUGAAGUAUCGUUCCUGCUGAAGAUGGUUCAGCGCGCCGCGCAGGAGGGCCAGCCCCGCGCAAAUGGUAUCAGCGAUGCUGCAACACCAUUCUUGGGAUCUGCGCCCGAGCACAUCAUGUCCUUCGAGGUCAAGGAUGUCAUUGACAUCGCCGUUCCAAAGGUUACUACCGCCGAGAUUUCGGCCAAGGAACCAAACGGUGCCUCCCAGGGUUUCCGAACCGACACUGAUAUCUCCGGAAAUCUAGGCAUGCGCGAACGUACCUUGCAGCGCUGGGAGCCUGCCGAAACCGACGUUGAUAUGUCACUUGAGACGAGUAACAAUGCCACUGGAUGGGACCAGUUCGAAGCCAAUGAGCGUCUCUUUGGCGCAAAGACUAAUUACGACGAGAAUAUUUAUACCACUCGACUUGAUCGUACCGACCCUGCCUACAAACAGAAGCAGCUGGAGGCCGCUCGGAUCGCCCGUGAAAUUGAGGGACAAGAUGUCGACAACUCGCACAUGCGUGAGGAGCGCGGUCUCGCAGCGCAGGAUACUGGUGACCAAGACGAAGAAGACAAGUACAGUGGUGUGCGACGCGAGGACAAAGCUUUCCCCCCUCUGCUUUCCGGCCAACCCAACAAAUAUACACCCCCUGGACGUCGCCAACCUGUUCAGCCCGCAGCUGCUCCCAGUGUGCCUGCCAAACAGCCCGCAGCAUCGCCUGCUCCCGCCAUCCCUAUCCCGAUCCCUUCUCGAGCUCCGGAAAAAGAAGCCGUGUCUUCAGACAAGCAACCCGAGCCAGCCGCUUCCCUACAGCCCCCGUCGGAUGCCGAACAAAAGAGCACGUCGGGCAAGGGCGUCUCACCCGCUGUCUCAACUGCCUCUACCGUGUCCACCGCCAAGCGCGCUGCACCUGAAAAUGCCACCGCAAACGUGGAGGCAGAGGUACUGGGUCAUUUCCGUCAAUUUGCGAAAGACGAAAAGGCUAAGCUGCAGGAGCGUCGCCGGAACCAAGCCUCAUAUGAUCGAACCAGCAAGCUGAAUGAGCUGAUGAAGUUUUCCAAGAGCUUCAAGCUCUCGACUCCAGUUCCCAAAGAUCUUGUGCCUAUAUUAGCCAAAGAUCGUAUCAAGCAAGAGGCUAUUAUAUCGCGAGCUCAACAACAGGUUGACGACAAGGGUGUACCCAAAGUGACUACACCACCAACCGAGCCCAAAGCCCCUGUUCGUGGCACUGGGCCAACCGGAGCUGCGCCCCCAUCUGCCCCAUCGGAUCGUCAAUACAAUCGCCCCCGUCAGGGCUAUCCCCCAACAGGCCCGCUUGCUGCCAGUGCCAGUGCGCGAUUCUCCCAGCAGGCUGUCCCUCCUACACGCCCUGGUGUUGGUAUGCUAGGCCACCGGCUUGCGGAUAAUCUGCAGCAGCGAAAGGCUCCAGGCAUGGGUCCUGUCCCCAAUCCACUUCCGAUUCAAGAUGCCCGUGGCCCCCCUACCGGUCCUGCGAGCGAACAGCAAAGAAUCACGAGCCCUGGCAAAUCACAGGCCGGCUCCGCUGCGACCAAGUUCAAUGUCAAAGCCAUGGAGUUUAAGCCUAACCCAGCUGCAAGUACGUUUACUCCUGGUGGAGCGCCUGGCCCCGCUCCAAGCUCUCGGUCUUUCUCCCGAAAUCGCUCCAUCUCGCGCGCGACGACACCAACCGCUUUCUUCGGUCCGAAAAAGCCCCAGCCUAUCUCGGAACGACCCUCCAUCAAUGAUCAGUUUAACCCAAUCAAACGCAUGAAGAAGGAAAAUGCGGAUCAGACUGAGAAGCCAUUUUUGUUCAAUGGAGGCAUCACCCCUCCCUACAAGACUUCGCCGACAUGGGAGGUUGCCGAGGGAAAUAUGGAGAAGACCUACGGCCAGAUGUUCAAGCAGCCCGUUGGUGCGCAAUCAGUGUCGCCCCAGGCUCGCUCAACCUCAAACAGCAGCAAUGUUACUCACCAGGGCAACAUGCCUUUCCACUUCCAGCCAAAUAUGCCCCCGGUUUCUGGUCCACCCUCAGGGCCCCACAGCCUCCACCCCCAGGGCCCCCAUGGACCCUCCCAUGCGGAUGAUCACCAUCGCAUGCAGCUAUCGGCGUCAAACUCUCAGGUCUUCCCCUCCCCACGCAUGCAACAUGGAUACCCAUCUCCAAUGGCCCCUCACGCGCAGCUAUCAUUCGGACAGCCAGUCCCUCCGUUCUAUAACGGCGGUGCCCAACCCAACCAUAUGAGGCAUUACCAGGGUGGUGGCCCCCAGUUCGUUAACCCACAAAGCGGAAUGGGCGCUCCCAUGAUGGCCCAACAACAUUCCAACGGACCCUUCAUGACAGUCCCCCAAGGAAUGACCCCAUAUAACGCACAGAUGCCCAUGUAUUCCCCUUCUCCGGGCCAUGCAUACCCACAUGUGCCGGCACCCCAGCCGCACAGUGGUUACCCGAGUCCUAGUCGCGGCGCCCCAAUGAUGAUGCACCAGAACUCGCAAUCUGGCCAGCCUCCUAUGUUUAUGCCCGGCCAACCCGGCUACCCCCAACAGUCAGGACACAUGCCCCCAAAUCGUGGAAAUUUCCAACAGCAACCUCAUUUUUCUUCAAGCCCGCAUCAGCCGCACCAUUUCCCACCUAACCAGCAUCGGACCCCCAGCAACGGAUUCAAUCAAAUAGCCCAAAUGCCACCCCAGAUGUCUGCCAAUACACCCACCUCCGGAGGAUCCCACUCUGCUGAGCCCACGGAUGAAGGAAAAUGA